GUUGCGCGCGUGUGCCCAUGCUAACGGCGGGGAGAUCAUCCUCCGGUGAUAUGGCCACGCUCCCGGCCGCGGGAUCCUUGAAGCGUGCCAUCCUGGCAGUGCUGCACACCGACCCGACGUCCGCCCAACGCGCGACGACAACGACGACGCAGCAGUUGCAGUCGCUUGGACAUGUGUAGGACACGCUUGGUGUAGAACUACUAUGCGAGGUGGAACAGAUCUGGACAGAAGCGGCAAUCAAUGAAGGUCCCAAUUUCCGAAAACUCAAACAUGGACAAUAAAUUGAAGUUUUCGGAUCGCUUGAAGGCUUUGCUGAAAACCGAGGCACAUCAAGAUGUUGAUCCGUACAUUUUCAGUGAGCCGGAACCAUUUGCCACGGCAGCGGGGAGAAAUGCCACGGUGGUUCCGCCGACUAAUCCCGAAGUGAUGCAAAGUUGCAAGAACAACAGGUCAAAGGGAAAAUGCGUGAAGCAGAGGAUAAAAGUGGCAUCUGUGCCUCCUGUGGCAGGCUACAAUAUUGUCGGGGUCAAUGCCACGGUGAAAGAAACGAGCGUUGAAGACGGCAUUCGGGGGAAUCUGGAUCAUAAAUUUUCUAAUCUAGUUCAACGUAAGCAGCGGCACAUUGAAAAUCUGCGGAGACUGAGAUCCAGGAGGCAAAGUCGAGACCACACGUUGUUGUACUAUCCGAGGGCUGGGGACGAGAUAUCCGACAGUGAUUCGAGCGGAGACGAGAUGACGAUCUAUCAGCACCACUGGUUCUCCAACGGCGAAUCCGCCGCGUCGCUAAAUCGGGCGGCUCGACUGUCUCAGCUGCGAUCGCAGCUGCAACGACAGUUGUUGCAGCUACGUAUCGACGGGGCCGAUGCUGAGGUUGUGCUGCGGCACAGGGUCAAAUAUUUGCUAGAGGCCGCCUGCAAGGAUCCUGCAUCUACCGCGCGAGCUCUGAGCGACUCUCCGAGUACCAGUAAAAAGUUGCUCAAUGGACCCCUGCUAGUUGGCGGCCCAUGCGGGGCAGAAGGAUGUCAACAGACGUCUUUGCCUUGCACCCGGCAUUGCUCCCGCCACAUUAUGUUGAACGGAGAUCAGCUUUUAUUUGAGCAUUGCACUGCCAAGUUUAGUGACAACACACAGUGUUGUGUUCCUGUGUUUGAUGUCGCGCACGAAUUGCCUCUUUGCCCGGAACACGCGCGAAAGAGGGACAAUUAUCACCGUAAAAUCCAAGAAUCCAAACCAAAGAAAGCUCGUAAAAAGCCAGCCUCCCCCCCUAUCCCAGCGAAGCCUAAACCCAAGUCCAAGCCGAAGAAGCGCAAACGACCGCCCUCGAAUAAAAUAGAGACUACUAAGGUUGCUGCGCUGAUGCAGGAGGAGAGUCAUUAUAUGAGCCAAAUAAACUGUAGUGAAAACCAUACCAAGAUGUUGAACAAUCUGAAUGUUCCCCAAGGAAGUUCAAAUUCGUCUAACUUAAAUCUAGGAUUGGGAUUGGGUUCCCUUGGUCUGAGCGGGGGACUCAAAGUCGAACUUGGGGACAAUGAAGUUUUUGCUUCCUUGGAUUCUGCUGAGCAUGACUUUGGCAAUGUGCUCAACAACUUGCCUCCGGAUGCUUUUAACGACUUAUUUAUCGAGGGUAGAAACGGAGAUUAUGAGCCGUCGAGAGAGGAAGAGGAGGAAUUGCAACGGGCUUUGGAAGAAGUUGACAAGGAUGUACGAAAUUUGGAGAGGAUGGGGCAGACACAUGGACUUUUAGAGCCGGCUUUACUCGCCCAGCUUAUGUCGGACAUUGCCUCGUAGCCCCACCAAUCCUAAUGUAAUAAUUUUUCGAAGAUGGAUUCGUGCGUGUUCCUUGUAACGUAGAAAGAAAUACUGUUUUGUGUCUAUGCUGCUAAACGUAAGAUUGCGUUAUAGACUGUUGUUACGUAGCCACGCAAGUCCGAGAUAAUGGCAGGGAUUGACAUACAGAAAGUAACAAAUGAAACAAAAAAAUGAAAAAAAACUAGCAAAUUUAUGAAUUUAGUGUAAACAGCAUCGGGUACAAUACCACAGGUAGGUUUAUGUCGAAGUAGCACUGUAAAAAAACAACCGAGAAUUCCAUCCUUUUUGACAAAUAAUCACGGACAUUCUACGUCAUUAUAUUAUAUGCAAUAUAUUUGUAGCUUAUUUGCAGAUACUUUGACCUGCACUUGACAAAUUUGCUUAGGAAAAAUUGUUAUAGCUGCAAUUAAUACAUGCAAUCAUUUUGGUGGAUAACAAAAUGAAUUAGUGGAAGGGGGGUAAGGAGUUCACACAAAUCGUUCAAACUAGAUUCCAACACGCGCGCGAGCUAGACGAGAUGCGUAGUUUUCAUUUUUAUAUACGGUUUGUUUUUAUUGAAACGCAAGUAGCAAGAAUUUUCUCUAAAUUGCGCUAAUAAUAGCUCCCGUAUUUAUUGAACUACACGUAAUGUUUAGCUAAUUACUGAUUACUCAAUUAAUAGGUACAAAGGUAUUUUUAUGACUGAUUUGUAAUGAUUUUAUCUGUUAAUCGAUUAUGUAAUAGCAACUGGGAGAAACAUACUGGUUUACGUAAAACUGAAACUUAACUCAACAAAUUAAAGUACAGAACAAUUGGAGUCAAACGACAUAAUAUUUGAAAGAAAUAUUUGAUGUUCGUAUAUAACUUUGUAUAUAUUAUAUAUACAUCAACGUAUAUAUCAUUCUUAUAUUAGAGCAAAUUGUCGUAAAAUUAUUUCUUCAUUUGCAGAAUGUAAAAAUUGGUACUUGCACUAUUCUUCCAAUGGCGAAAGUAUACAGUAAAGAAUUAUGAAUUUGGGAUAUACAUCUUACGCUAUGUCAUCCUUCAAGAAUAUAUUAUUUGAAUUUAAUUUAAAUAAAAUACAUUUUUUCACAAAUUAAUUUUCAUUGUAAAACCUUGUGUAGAAUAUGUUUAUACAAAUACACGACUGAGAAUUUAUAUUAAAAAAACACAUAUGUCUACAUAAAUAUAUGUAAUAUGUAGUGUAUAUAAUCAUGUUUUUUUUCAUCAUUCAAUUGCAGUAAUCAACAGUUAAAUGAUUACAUUUACGAAAUAAUGUUAUAUUAAAACUAUGUGCAUAAUCAAUAUUGUCACUUUGUCCAUUCUGUAUUAUAUUCAUGUAGACAAAUGUUCAGCGACGUAAUAAAGUUAGCUAUAAUAUCUAAGCGAAAAGUAAAACUUAGCAAAAAGUGCCGAAAAACUUUUCAUUUUUCAACAUUGUUACCGAAUGUGCAACACGCUUUACAGCCUUAUAAAUGACGACAAUGACACGCUGUGUAUUAGCUAAAGUAAAGAGGAAACUUGUUAUUACGUAUAUUUUUUCGUGAGAAUAUUUCAAUAAUUAUUUGAAAAGAUCUUUUUCUUUUUAUGAGGAAUAUAAUGGCACAGAUUCUGAAAAUAAAACUAGAUCGGCGUGAAUGGCUGAAUUGUUUACUGCCAUCUGACUUCUAAAGUACCACACAAUAUACAGCACACUGUCAUAAAUGUCCGCGUGUAAUACUAGUAAUGUAAAACGAACGCAAAAUACUGUGAAUUAUUAUAAUGUCGAUACAUAUCGUAACAGCGAGACGGAACGGAAAACUAUCAUACAUUACGCAAUUUUAGCUACUGAUGAAGCAAAACAUUUAUAAAAAGUUCAUUACAUGUGUAUGUGCAAUGACUGGGACAAAUGUUUAUAAAAUCUGGUUUUUAUUAUCAAAAUCAUUGUGCCAAACAUUGAGACAUCUCUCUUUUUUUCUCUCUUUUAUAUUGCGAUAUAAUGCGUGUCACUUGUUCAAGGGUCGCACUGGAGCAAAGCGCAUUUUAAGUAACGAACGUUUAGUCGAGCGUGAGCGAUUGCAAAAAAAAAAGCGCAGACAGUUUAUUGUAUGUAGAUGCAAAUGGAGACGGGAUAAUUUGCAGGACGACCCCUCACAUUGGGGAUUAAAUUAACAUCGCAUGUAUUGUUACUACGUAUAUAGCGGUAGAUUAGGUGCGGUAAUUAUUUAUGGACAGGACAAUGCCGAAUUUAAUCGUAACGCAUUGCUUGAUGUACCUAUAUGUGUAUCUUCUUGUAAAAUAUCAGCAUUAUUACUCUCGAUUAGGCAUCAGCAAUUAUAAUAAGCAUAUUUUU